AUGACUAUAGCAAUGAAUCGGAGCUUGAAGGAUUUUCUCAUCUGCAUGAGGAAUGUUCCGAUGGGUUCGCAGUAUCGGCGAGGCCUCAGUCUCACAGGAAUCGCCAAGGACUCCGACGAGAACUUGGAUCUCUUCUCCAGGAAUCGCCCGAGUCUUUCCGUUCCUUCAUCCGAUGAAUCCGACGGUGCCAAUCUUCCUCAUUGUGGUUGA